AUGAGUCAUGCGGAAGAUCCAUCUAUUGUACCUAAUUAUCAAUUUCCACGUUGGCCAUCAACAACAUCUCGACCACAAUCAAGUUCACUAUCAAAAGAUCCUGUUAAUAAUAUGUUUCAAUUAGGUAUUGAUAAUCGAAAUCAAUUUCAAAAAUCUGAACUAUCAACAACAAAACGAAUUAUUCAACAUCAUGUACGUAUUCCAACAACAGCAAGACAAAAUUCACCUCCACCUAUUGAUCAAACAAAUUUAACACCUGAUCAUAGUGCAACAUUAGAUCGUUCAACACCAACAUCAAUGGGUUCACGUCAUUAUCGUUCAAUACCUGUACGAAUGAAAUCAACUGCUUUAACAAUUCCAAUAUCAAAAGGUAAAGAAGAACGAUCAUUUCAAAAUUUUCCAAAACAAUAUCAUGAAAAACGAAAAAUAGCACAUGAAAGAAAACGAAAAAAACAACAAGCACAAACAUUAGCUGAAAAAUAUGCAGAUACAGAAACAUGGUUUCAAUUAAGACGAUCAUUAGCAGAACUUAAAAGUCUCGCUACAACACAAGAAAUUCUUGUUGAUCCAACUACAUCAAUUUUUAAUUGUGAUGGACAUUCAUUUGCAGCACUUAAACAAAUUAUUGCUCAAGAACAAGAAGAUAAAAAAGUAGCUAUGUUAAAAUCAGAAUCAGGUAUAAAUUUUUUUUGUUAUUCAUAUUUAAAUUUAUAUUCAAUUACUUCAAAGAAUAUUUUUGAUUAUAUUUAG